AUUGUUUUUUGUUUUAAUAUAAUUUUAUUGUAUUUCUACAUACGUGACUUUACCGAAAAAACCAAUGUGUAAUUGUACAAUUUAGAUAUUAAAAGAAAAAGGAAUCGACUGUGGCCGGUUACGAAUCGCCGCCGUUUCAAUUCCGAAUCGGGAAUCGAUUUGUCUGCGAUCGACUCCCUCGCCCGACUAGGUGCCACGUGACCUGCGCGCGCGGGCAAAGCGCGGAGGAAGUUGUGGCGUCACGGGAGGAGGAGCUUCGACGUCACGGAGCGCCGGUGAUGUCAUAAUAUCCCUCUGUCGUCGAGCCACGUGCUCAAGAGUGCCAGGGGGUCCAGGCGACAACUCGAGGGCUCUAAUUUCUGACACUUGCGCUCAGCACCAGCUCCAGGCUCUUGGUCCAGGCUCCAAGAUGUCACCUCAGCUCCAACUUCUAGUUUCAGUAUCCAGGCUGUAGUUUUUAGCACCAGGCUUUAGCUUCGGCUGCAUGUUCGAGUGUUCCGUAACUGCUCCCCACCAUGGAGGCUAAAGGACUGCUGCUGCUCCUGCUACUCGCAGGGAUUCAGUCCUCGGCUGCACAGCCCAGCAGAGACGUAAAUGCGCCUGAAGGAUCAGAACCGAAGAUUGGCAUGAUGGGCUGGAUCAAGCUUAUGCGCAAUGCAAAGAAACCCGCCAGCACUACUCCAACCCCUGUGGCUCACACAUCAUCGGGCUCCAACAUAGCUUGGGCUGUCCUCCUGUCUUCCAGCGUGUUCAUCGUCCUGUUCAUCGGUUGUGUGGUGCAGUACCGGCGCUUAGAGCACAAGUACUCGGAAGUGGCCGAGGAAGACGGUGGUGAAGCCGGAGAAAGAGCGGCAGAUUCCGACGAAGAGACGGAGGAGACGCCACGGUUUGGGUGCAUGGCAGCACUUACGGCCAUCCUGACGACCUUGGCACAAUCCUUCAUGCCUGCAAAUCCGGGGACCGGCAGCAACACAGCUGGGACCGAGGGCAAUGACAACCUCAACCAGGCCACCAUGAAUGGCCACAAGAAACCCAAGUCAGAAAAAAAGAAGGCCAAAGUCGCAAACAUCUUGGCGAAUAAGAAGACACAGUUGAAGAAGCUGCACAAAAACAUGAAGGCAGCGGUGAAGAAGAAGAUGCCCAAGUUUAAGAGGAAGAAGUAGUUCGGCCCAGCAGAGGCUACGACCGCAUCCUCUUCCCUGCCAUGUCAUCACCCUCCAAACGCAUACAUUCUCCAAUAACUUAGGAAACGAUCCAUCAGAUGAAGGAUUAUGGGAGCGCCGAUGUUUGGAGUUCUUCUGGACAUGUUUACACACACACAGACGUAUACCUACAAACCCUACUCAUAUGUACACAAAGAUACACAAGUACACAACACAUGCCCACACAUCACUCACAAAGACGCUACCCAUAUGUACACACACGACACCACAAACUACGGAAAAUGUAAAAUAAAAAGUGUACCCUAAAUUGUCUUAAGGCUUGUUGGAACAUUUCUGUUUUAACACUGCAUAUGGAUGACCACAUUUUAAAAACGCAUUAAUUCGGCUACGCCUUCACAUUUGUCACUACCGGUCGUUACUCUUGCACUAUUACCGUCAUGUCAUGAUAAUAAAUGUCCAUGGAAUGACCCACAGGAAGCAAUAUCAAUGAACUACUGCU